GAGCUUUAUCCAAGCGCAAGCGUUACGGUCGCUCACGGUCGGCGUUACUCACAGCAUCCAUCCAGCAUCAUCUGCAUCCGUCGGGCCGGGCUUCGUCAUCUUAGUUCGGAGCGGUUGCAGCAAGCCCGACCGUGGACCGCGGUCCAGUUAAUCGUCGAGUUUCGAUCCAAUCGGUUCUGAUUUUUCUGCUCUUCCGGACGGACGGGGACCGGGGAAAGCGUUCUGUGGCAACUCUCUCAGUAGUGGUGGAGAUAGGAGAAGAGUGCCCCCCUGUGACACUAUUUGCCCGCUAUCGAUUCGAACGCACGGCCCCACGGAUUUCCAUCGUGGAGGGGACGGCCGGAGUCCUAGAGACCGCUGCACGUCGUCCUCGGGGGGUGCCCGUGCUUCCGGUUGGCCUACUUGGGAGUGUGUGGUGCAGCCGCGGGAAAAAAUAGAGUUUAGAACGGGUUCGUGAGUUCGUAAACGUGAAGUGAUUGUGCGGAGAAGCGUGUGGCGGACAUGAGAACCGCGAAGUAACGUCCGAUUAGUCGGUUAGUGUGUAGUGUUCGAUCGGUUCUCGGCGAACCGCGCCGGGAGUCUGUUUGGUAGUGUUCCGUGGAGUUGGGGGGAAAAAAGCGAGGGUCCUUGACUCGACAACAACGGCCGCAGCAGAGGCAGUAGUGUAGCACCACAUACAGAAAGCGAGUUUCUGACGCAGUGCAAAGAGGAAAACGAGCAAAAACGGCAUCGUUGUCGGUCGUCGUCAUUGGAGUGGAUUCUGUAGCGCUUGAAAUACAUAAGGCUCCUCCUGGUCGAAGGGGGAUGGGCAAGUGGAGGGAGUAGAGGGGGUACACGAAAAACGACACUCGCAUAUAUGAUGAGGAAAAAUGGAAAAUGCAUUUUAGGAUCGAAUCCCGACAACAGUGGCUAAAGCAGCAGCAGCAGCAGCAUCCGCAGACUACUGGUGGAAGACGGAAGCCGCAGGAGAGAGAUGAAGAGGCUUCAGUGUGUUGUGUGUAGAGAUGUUGUGUCAUUUUGUGAAUGAAAAUCGAUAUUGCUGUGGUGUGUCGUUUUGCCUCUUGUGGGCCUAUUGAGAGCAAGCUUGGCAGGCGAGGGGCUCGCGUUCGAGGUUGUGUUUUUGCUGGUCCUGUGGAGUACCCCUGAACCGGGAGGCGAAAAAUAAUGAAAUUUGAGGCAAACUUUGGUUGGACCCAAGUGGCGACGACUCGCGAACCGUAGUGCGCUUGCAGUCCGUGGACCGGAAACUCGACGACCUGCCACCAACGGAGAGUGUGCGAGCCGCGUAAAUAAUUUGUUGUUUCCCUCAAUUUUCCCAGCUCGGUUUCGGUGUUGUUUUCCGAGUUUUCCGUGCAUUAUUGAUGGUGCCGUUUUCGACGUUCGCGUUCGCGUAAAAUUACUGUAGCGAUUUCUGUUUUCGUAUGUGGAUAAGCCUGCCUGUGAAAAGUGUGUCGAAACGACCGCAUCGGCAUCUCCCUAAAGGGACGGUCUACCCCCAUCGGAAGAAGCCUGAUUGCCUAAAUCUUUAAUCCCAAUAUUGGGCGCCAAUCAAGUUCCUCCUCGGCCGGAUUGUGAUAGUGACCCAUCUGUGAAAAUCGUUCCAAUCUUCGAAAUGGCACCGCUAACUCAACCACCAGCGUCGAACUUCGUCGGCCUUCGAGAGAAUGUAAAGUUAUGAUGCAGUGUUUACAUACCUUAAAUCAAUAACAUUUUUCUGCCUAACCUGAAAACCUACUCGAAUACACAGAAAACACUUCGCACUCUGAAUCCCUGCACCUUCCAAAAGAUAAAAACAAACUUAAACUGACUGACAGCAAACAAUAACUCCCAGAUAAAAAUAAACAGUGAAGCACUACCACUUUCAGAGCCUACAACUAUCCACCACUCUAUCUGUCAAAACUCUCUAUAUCUGUCACAAUAUAACACACAGAAAAUCUCUCUAAACAAAGCGCAGCUAAUAGACCCCCAGUAAAACCAAGUUAAACUAAACCAGAAUAAUCACCAAAGCCUAGUUACUACCGUUACCAAGCGUUACUAAAAGUUACUUCGUUAAAAAUACAGACUAAAACAACGUCAACCAGACCUAAUCUCGAAUAUAAACAAACCACAAAAAAUAACCCAAUCAACCCCCACCACCAAAAUAAUCAAUCCGAUCCGAAUCGCCGUAGUCUUAUGGUCGCCACGAUCCCCCACUGAGUGUAGGUGAUCCUCCAGGAAGAAGUGUUCGAACGGCGCGGGGAGGAUGGAGUUGGUCACGGCGACCGCCACGGCCAUGUUGCUGAUGACGCUGGUGGCACUGGUGUUGCUGCUGUUGCCGGCGGGUGCCGGAUGUCAGGCGGCCACCGCCACGGCCACGGCCAUGGUCGGCUACGGGAUGGUGGGCGUGGGUGGAACGACGGCCGCCGUCGGUGCUGCCACCGGGAGUGUCGGAACGACCGGGCUGGGUGUUGUGUACCGGCUGGGGGUACUGGCCGGGCGAGCCCUGAUGCUGAUGCCGCCGUCGAUCCUGGUGCUCGGAAUCGGCUGGAUGUGGAUGCCGCUGCAAGUCGUCAAUGCCGGUUACCACGAGAAACGCCUCCUGCAUAAUCUGCUCGAUAACUACAACGUGCUGGAGCGUCCGGUCGUCAACGAAUCGGAUCCACUGCAGCUGAGCUUCGGGCUGACGCUGAUGCAGAUCAUCGAUGUGGACGAGAAGAACCAACUUCUGAUCACCAACAUUUGGCUGAAAUUGGAGUGGAACGACAUGAACGUACGGUGGAACUCAUCCGAGUACGGUGGAGUGCGGGAUCUACGAAUACCGCCGCAUCGACUGUGGAAACCGGACGUGCUGAUGUACAACAGUGCCGACGAGGGCUUCGACGGUACCUACCCGACCAACGUGGUCGUCCGGAACAAUGGCUCCUGCCUGUACGUGCCGCCCGGCAUCUUCAAGUCCACCUGCAAGAUCGACAUCACCUGGUUCCCGUUCGACGACCAGCGCUGCGAGAUGAAGUUCGGCUCGUGGACCUACGAUGGGUUUCAGCUUGAUUUGCAACUGCAGGAUGAGGCGGGCGGCGAUAUCAGCAGUUUCAUAACGAACGGCGAAUGGGAACUGUUGGGCGUCCCCGGCAAGCGGAACGAAAUCUACUACAACUGCUGCCCGGAGCCGUACAUCGACAUCACCUUCGCCAUUCUGAUCCGCCGGAAGACGUUGUACUACUUCUUCAACCUGAUCGUGCCGUGCGUGCUGAUUGCGUCGAUGGCCCUGCUCGGGUUCACACUGCCACCGGACUCUGGCGAGAAGCUUUCGCUCGGAGUCACCAUUCUGCUGUCACUAACUGUCUUCCUCAACAUGGUGGCGGAAACCAUGCCGGCCACUUCGGAUGCUGUGCCUCUGCUAGGAACCUAUUUCAAUUGUAUUAUGUUUAUGGUGGCCUCGUCGGUGGUUUCAACGAUUUUGAUCCUGAACUACCAUCAUCGGAACGCCGACACACACGUCAUGUCCGACUGGAUCCGAGUAGUGUUUUUGAGUUGGUUACCGUGCAUUCUGCGGAUGAGUCGACCCGGAGAACCAUUCCCGCAUCCUUGUAGGCAGUCGGUGGACGAGAAGAACAAGCAACUGCAGGAAGUGGAAAUGCGCGAGAGAUCUUCCAAGUCGCUGCUGGCCAACGUGCUGGACAUUGACGAUGACUUCCGGUGCAAUCACCGGUGCAGCACCCUGCCGCACAAUCCGACCUACUACCGGACGAUGUACCGCCAGGGCGAUGCCGACGGAGGCGUUGGCCCGCUGGGAACCGGCACGGAUACCAUCGGACGUAGCGCGGGCGGACUGGGCACGAUCAGUGCCGCUGGCGGUGGUCGGCUGCACGAAACCGUUUCCUCGCACACCUGUCUGAGUUCCUCGGCCGAGUACGAACUGGCACUGAUACUGAAGGAGCUGCGGUACAUCACCGAUACGCUCCGCAAGGAGGACGAAAGUGGCGACGUCACUCGUGACUGGAAGUUUGCCGCCAUGGUGGUCGACCGCUUGUGCCUUAUCAUCUUCACGCUGUUCACGAUUAUCGCCACGCUGGCUGUAUUAUUCUCGGCACCUCAUUUCCUUGUAUCAUAACAACCAUCGCCAUCAUCGCUAUCGACAUCGACACCAACAACAACAACAACAGCAACAACAACAACCGCAGCAACAAUGGCGACAGCGGCGGCGGCAGCAACUCCAGCAACAACUCCGGCAACUACGAUCGAAAGCUCUCUAGAAACCCCAUCGGCUACUGUGACCCAUAGCAACCGUCACCUCGUUGACGAUGGCGACGGCGGCGAUGGUAGCCGGUUUGACAGUAGUAGCAAUAGUAGAAUCAAAAUCGUACAAUUCCUCAAUCCGGGCGACAAUUCUGCCGCGGUCGCUGCCGCUGGCGAUGAUCCGGCCACGUGGAUACUCCUCGGUGGAACCCUAGCGAUGGUGGUACUGAUUGCGGCUCUGGCCUCGCUCGCCCUUCUGCUGGCGGCCCUGGUCUUCCUGCUCGGAAACCACGGGACCCUCACUCAAUUAUUCGCGGUGACUGAUUACAAGUUAAGAAAAUAUGUUCACAUUUUCAUAAAGAAUUUUAAAUUGAUUAACGAUGCGUAGACAGCGAUACACGGACAUCCUGUUAUCGUGGCAGCGUUGCCAGGCGUAGAUGUAGGAACAUCGGAAACCGACACGUGCGUAGUAGGCGACACAAAGAGGCUGGUUUUAACAAUUGAACUAAAACAAUACACUCUUCUAGUGACGGCAUCAGAAAACUUAGGAACUUUUUUAGUGUUUUCCCUUUUUUAUAAAAACUUAUCGACAUAAAAGGAAUCGUUGAAUUUUUAUCUUAUUCUGAGAUAAGUUAACGCAAAAAAAAUAAACAAAAAAACGUGUAUACUACUCGAGAAAAAUAAUGAAAGCGUGCGUGUAGUCAAGUUACUUAAAUUCAAUCCGGUUUCUAUUUACACAUGAUUGUACAUAACUGAUAGAUUUUAUUAGACUUCACAUCCCGAGAAACUGUCAAAACGAACAGCUGUAAAUAAUUUUAGAAUCGCCCCAUUAGUCAUCCAUUCGACAUCUUUUAGGUCUUUUGUUUACCAUUUGGUUUAGAACCAUCCAAGUAGGCAUCAAACAAAAUACAUCUUUCUAGUAUCCUCAUCAAACAACCAUCAAAACAAAAGCAGCAGCUCUACUCUACUUUACCUUGCAAUAAUUGAAAAACAAAAUAUUCUAGUGCAAAACAAGAAAACUAUUACGUAACCUUUGAAAAGCACACAUAUAACUUUUGAGCUAGUUAUCGGUAGAUUGAAACUAAUCCCAAAACAAACAAACAAAAAAGUAUCAAAAUGAACACUUGAUCAACCGAAUCAAAACAAAAAAGAGUCGCAGCAAACUUAUUGAAAAACAUUAGCUAAAUGCAGUUGAAUCUAUAUCCGUAUCGCUCUCUCGCUCUGUCUUUCUUUCGCAACCGAGGGCGACUGCACUUGACGAAUCUCUGUGAAAAAGAGAGAGAGCGAGAGCGCAAGCGGAUUACUUUUAUACUUGACUACUAACUAAGGAGGCAAUAAAAGACGAGCUAGUGCGCGGGAGAUCUUUUUUAUACCUUAUAGAGGGGCGAAAUUCACUCAGUCGAAAAGCGAUCGAGUGUGGGUGCGGGAAUAGUUGAAUCAAAAAGAGGUUUUUUUUUUCUCAAAAUUGAUAAACAAUAGAUAAACGGAGUUGGCGGUGUGCGAAAACGCACAUAGACAAAGAAGUAGAAAAGAAGGUUACAGAAUACGAAAGAGAAAACUCGAAGCAGGAGGAAACUACAAAUCAAAGAAACAAGAAUACGAAACCGCAAAUCAAACUGGGGUUCGAGCCGGCUCGUUGACUGAAACGAUUUGAUCAACUUUCACGGAACAAUAGAUUUGGGAAAAGGGAAACCUCAUCGUCCUGAUGAGAAUCGAACCCACAGCUCCUUAGGGAUGUAGAUCCGAACGUGCAGCCUACUACGUAUCGUAGGCCCACAAAAAGACAAGAGAACAAUUUCAAAAUUGAGUUUCUCCAGGAAUUCGCCCAAGUGAUCCUCCGGGGAUUACUUCAGGAGUUUGUUUACGGAUUGUUGUAGAAGUUCCUUAGGGAUUUUUUCUAGGAGUUCCUUUUGGGGCUUCCAGCAGAAGUUCCUCCCGGAGAAUUCCAGAAGUUUCACCAAGGAUUCCUCCAGAAAUAAAUUGCUUCUGUUAUUAUUUCCGGAGUUAUAGCAUCUUGCCAUUCCUACGAACAUUCUCUGUUUUUUUUUUUGGGACAUCUUAAGAUUGCUUUUCGGAGUUCCAUCAGAAAUUAAGAAGGGCUUUUCCGGAAACACUUAACGAAUUUCAUCCAAGCAUUCUUUCUGAAGUUUAUCCGGACAUUUCUUUCGGGAAAUUCUUCUGGUGAUUUUGCUGGAAUUCUUUCCCUAGUUUGUGUUUGAAUUCUUUUCGGAGUUUCUCCAGGAAACGUUUCCCAAGUUCAUCGGAGAGCUCCUCUAGAAUAUCCUCUGGAAAUUUCUUCCGCAGGAAAUUUCUCAUGAAGUUCCUUCUGGGAUGCUUCUAACGAUUCUACUGGAGAUUACGGCAGGAGAUAAUUUGGGAUUUUUUAAGCGUAUCCACCGGGAUUUUCCCAUUAGUUGCUUCGAGGAUUACUUCAGUAAUUAAGGAUCUUUUCUAGGAUUUCCUCAGAGAAAUCACCUGCGACUUAUUAUUAUUAUUAGCUUUAUUAAGGAGAUUUUCAGCCCGCGGCUACCUGCGACUUCCUCCCGGAGUUUCUCCAGGGUUCCUCUAGGAAUUGCUCUAGAAGUUCCAUCAGGGUUUUCUCCAGAAGUUCCUGAAGAAGUAUCUAUCGAUGCCCUUUUGGGAUUCCAACGAGAUUUUCCGGCAGAAUUUUUUUUCCGGAAACUUUUUUCAGAAGUUUUUAAGAAACUAGUUUGGGGAUUUUCCUUUCCGGAAAUUCUUAACGAUCUCCGGAGUUCCUCCGGAAAUUUCUUUCGAAGAUCUUUUGGAAUUUUUGUCUUAGGCACCUCCAAGAAUCCUUCCGGAGUAUUUCUAAACAUUCUUUCCGAAGAUCCGCUGUAUUCUAUCUAAUGAUCUCUUUGGAAAUCUUUGCGGAUUUUCUGAUUAGAAUUGAUUCCACACUUACUCCAGGAUUUUAUCUGGAGGCUAACGAAAUUGUCUCCAGGGCUAUUCGGAAAUUCCUUUCGAAUUACCUCCGGCAAUUCUUUUUGAUGUUCAACCGGGAAUAACUUCCGAUGAUCCUCCUGCAAUUAUCCUUCUUGAAAUUUCUUCCACAGUUCUCCUGGAAAUUCUUUUUCAUACAUCUCUGGAAAUUGUUUCAAUAGUUUCUCCCAGACAAUUCUCCAGAGCUUUUUCCAGAAUUGCAUCUAAAGUUCUUCCGGGUACUGCAUUCGAAGAUCCCUCAGAAAAUCCUUCCGGAGCUCCAUCGAACAUUUUUCGUAGUGCUCCUCUGGAUGUUUCUCUCGGAAUUUACUAGGGUAUUUCUUCCCGAUAUCUUCCAGGAAAUUCACGGAGUGUUCCUCCUGACGGUCCGUCCUUUUCGUAGUUCCUUCAAGAAUUAUGGAGUCUAUGAAGUCUAUCAGGGCAUCCCUACCGAACAUCUUUUGGGAUUUUUUUUUCUGAAAUUACAUUCGCAGCUCUCGUGGAAACUGGUUUAAAAUUUCUUAAGGAAAUCCUUUCAGGCAAUUGUCGCUGUUUAUCAGAUAAUACCUCCCAAAGAUCCUCAGAAAAUGCUUUUCGGAGUUCCAGUUAGAAUUUAUUUCUGGACAUUUUUCUGAGGUUCCUACAGGAAUUUCUUCCAGAGUUUUUGUUUGGGAAUUGUUACCUCAAUUCCUUUAGAAACUAUGGCGGAGAUUUUUCUGAAAUUCUUUCCAGAAUUGCUUCAAAAGUUCAUUCCGGAGAUCUUCCGGGAGUCGUAAUCUGCGAUCCCUUUGGAAUUCCUUCCAAUGUUUUUCCGGAGAUUUCAUCAUGUAUCAUCAUGUAACACCAGCAUAGUUAUUCGGAGAAGCUCGGAAGAACUCCUUCGGAAAUUUCAUGCAGGUUUUCUUUCUGAAUUCCCACCUUUGGAAUAUUUUUCGACAAACUUUCGGGAAAUUCUUAUGGUGUUCUUUUUCUGAAGUUUCUUUCGCAGUUCAUUUAGGAAUUCUUCUCGAAAUUUCUGCGGGAAUUGUUUCCCUAGUAUUCCCAGGAAUCCUCCCGACUUCCUUUCAAAGUUUUUCCAGGAACUCCUUUCGAAGUCCCUCCAGGAGUGCCAUUCGCACUUCCAAGGGAAAUUUCCUAUAGGACUCCUCCUGAAAUUUGCUUUGCAGUCGAUCCGGAAAACUAGUUCUUCCAAUAAAUAACGUGUUCGUUCAGAAGUGUUUUUCCAUAGUUCAUGAGGGAUUUUUUUACGGAAUUUUUUUUUUUAAAGCUUAUCCCUACCGAAGUUCCACUGGGAAUUUCUUCUGAAGUUCUAUUCGUAGUUCAUCUGAAAAUUCCUCCGGGAAUCCAAUCUUCCAGAGUUAUUUUAUAAAGUCUUUCCGAAACUGGUUUGGCUUUCUGGGGUUCCUUCGGGAAUUCCAUCCAAAGCUUCACUGGGAUUUUUUCGCGAUUUACCGGGGUUUAUUCCGGAGUUUUUCCAGAAACUAUUUUCGGAGUUCCUCCGAAAGUUCCAUCCAAAGGCCAUUCGGAGUUUCUUUUCGGAGCUCCUCCGGCAGUUUCUUGCAGAAUUCUUUCAAGAGUUUCUCCAAGAACAAAUCAUAGAGUUAUUUUUGAACGUUUUUUAUGAGUUACAUCGACAGUUUUCCUUUGGGCUUCUCCGGAAAUUCUUUCUGAAAUUGUUUUAAAAAAUCUACAAAAGAUCCUUCAGACAGAGUACGUUUGCUCCUUCGGCAGCUCUUCAGCUAUUUCUACGGACGGGAAUCCCAUCUGGAGAUUCUCAGAAGAUUCCUUUCGGAGUUCCUUCGAAAAACUUUUCGUAUUCCUUUCCAUCAAUGUUCAUUCGGAUUUCAUUUUCAGAGUGCUUCAGGAAAUUCCUUUCGGAGCUCCUACUCUCUUCCAGAAUUCCUUCGAACAAUUUUUAGGGCAUCCUCUGAGAAUUCCGUACAAUGAACCUUCUGGAAUUUCUUUUGCAGUUUUCUGGAAAUUGCUUCCAGAGUUCUUAAACGAUUCCCUUUCGGAGUUCGAACGGAGAUUUUCUAUGGGGUUCAAAAAUUCGUUCUAGUCAUAUUCAUAUUUUUUUCGAGUUUUUCUUAAAAAAAACGGAUUUUUCCAGAAAUUCCUUCCGGUGUUCAUCUGGGAUUUCACUAUUCCUAUUACUUAAAUUUUUUUUGUGAAUUUCUACGGAAGAUUUUGUAAGAAUAAUUUCUCGAGUUCUUCCGAGAGCCCCUUCGCAGUUCCUUCAGCCUUUUCUUCUGGAGUUCCACUUAUAAUUCCCGGCAUGCUUUCUUCGGAAAGGACUUUUGGAGGUCAUCCGGGAAUUCCUUCCAGAGUUAAAAUUCUUCAGGUGUUCAUUCUGAGUCUUCGGGAUUUUUAUCGAUAGUUUAUUCGGGAUCUCAUUCCGGAGUUGUAAUAUUUCGGAUGUUUCUUUUUUCUCGGGUCCCUCGGGAGUUUAUUCCCGCACAUUUUUGAAAUAAAAGGACACGGAUAGCAUCUUUAGUUAUUUAGGCUGUACAGACUUAACGAAGGAAAACACUAGACUAUGGACAAACAUGUACCAGUUGAUAGGGGGAGGAAGCAUUUCUCGUGAAUCGUUCUAUCGCCUGGAGCGGGAUUCGAACUCUUACCUCAUAGCAUUAGAAGCUUGGUGACUCUGAUCGUACGGCCACGAUAGUAUGCAUGUUCAAAUGAAAAUCCCGCAAGAAAUCUUAGAUUUUUAUUUAUAAAAAAGCGUUUGCAAGAACUCCAGGAGACAUUCGACGAAAUUAAAAAAAAUCCUAUUUAGAACUGCUCGAGGACUUCCAAGUGGAGCUCUUGAAGGAACGCCAGGUGGAAAUCCUGGAGGAAUCAUGGAUCAGUUUUCCAGAGGAAUUUAAAACUCCUGGAAAAAAUCGCUGGGAAAACUCCUGGAGCAAUAAUAGGUAGAACACUUGGAGUAAUCCCAGGUAGAGACUAUGGAAAAUACUUUGAUAGAACUUCUGGAGGGAAUGCAGAUGGAAAUCCUUAAAGAAUCCCAAAGGGAACUCCCGGAGAAAACCCAGAUUGAAGUCCUUUUAAAAUACCAGGUGGAACUCUUGUGGAAAUCACAGGUUGUAAGAACUUCAGGUAUAACUCUUGGAGGAAUCCUAGCUGGAUCUGCUGUAGAGAUUUCAGGUAGAUCUCCUGGACGAAUGCCAGGUGAAACGCUUGAAGAAAUCUCAGAGAUAGAACCCUUGCGAAAUUUCCAAGUGGACCUCCAAGAGGAAUUUUAGGUGAAAAUCUUGAAGAAGUCUCAGAUGAAAAUCCUGCAGGAACUUCAAGUGGGCCUCCUGGAUUCCAGGUAGCAGGGGCCCGGUGGAAGUCCCGAAGAAAUCUCAAGUGAAAUACCAGGAGGAAUUCCAGGUAGCGCUCUUGGAGGAAUGGCAGAUGAAACUCCUGCAGGAAGUGAAAUUCUUGGAGAAAUAACAGAUUGAACUCGUGGAAGAAUCCUAGAUGGAACUUCGGGAAAAUAUCGAGGCAGAACUCUUGUAUAAAGAGCAAGAAAAACUCCUGGAAUAAUCUUAAUUCCCACCCUUAAUUCACCAUUUCGAUCGAGGUGCUAGGGUCCAAUGAAACAAGUGCGGCGCAGAGCAGAAAACGGCAUUCCGCCGUGUGAUCAACACGAAUCGAAAACAAGUUGAUUCACAUCGAGCCCUGAUGAAGAUCCCAACCACAGGAUCGAAACGUUGGCAAUGAUCUAAAAUAAUCAACGCUUUUCUGUGACUGAAAGCCGAAAAAUACCAAGUCUUAAUUUGAACUAUUGCAAGAAUUUCCCCAAGUGGACCUUCUGGAAAUAUUACUAAUGAAUUCCUGGAGAAAUUUCCAAGUGAAUUUCCUAAAUUCUAAGCGGAACUCUUGAAGGAAUCCCAGGUAAAAAUCCUGCAGAAUCCCUCUUGCAGCACUUGGAGGAAUUCCAGCUGAUUUUUCUGAUAUUUUUCUUUCAUUCACAAAAAAAAACUCCGGGGAAUAUUCUACGAAAUUUGGAAAAAUCCUAGAUAUCACUGCUGGUGAAAUUACAACAGAAACUCCUGGUAAAAUCCCAAGUGGAACUCUUGGAGGAAUCUCAGGUGUCAAUCCAAAAAAAAUCAUCAUUGAUGGGACUUCCGGAGGAAUUUCGGGUAGAACUUCUGGAGAAAUCCGUGGUGAAACUUCUGAAGCAUCUUCAGGUAAAUAUUCUGAAGUAAUCAUAGGUAUAGCUCUUGGAAAAUCCUAGUUUUAACUUCAAGAGAAAUCUCAUGAGGAACUCGUGAGGAAUUCUAGGAGGAAGUCUCGGAAGAAUUCCAGAGUGAAAGACUGGAGUUAUCUCAAGUCUCAGAAGACAAUUCUGGAAAAAUCCCCGAAGGAACUCUUGCGAAAUUUUCCAAUGGACCUCUAAAAGGCAUUUGAGCUGGAGCAUCUGGAAGAUUCCCAGAAGGAAUUCUUGGAAAAUUUCAGUUAUAACUGCUGGAGGAAUUCCAUGUAGAACUACUAGAGAAAUUCCAGGUGGAAGUCCUGGAGGAAUGCCAGAUGAAACUGCAGGAAGAAUCACAGGUGAAACUUAUGGUGGAACACUACGAGAAACCUCAGAUAGUUCUUCUGGAUGAAUUCCAGGUGGAACUUCUUUGAGUGAAAAUCCUGGAAUAAUUCCCCAGACAGCCAGUAAUCGUAUAAGUUGCUGUAUAAGAUGAUAAAGUGGAGGCAAUAUGCGUACAUGCCUCCAUUUGGGCGCAUGCAAAAUGUACCCAUAUCGAAUCCACUUUAACAUCUUAUAUGAUUACUUAAGAUAUACCUGGUAGAACCCCUAAAAAAAUAGGUAGAAUCCCUAAAAUUCAAUAAUGCUUGCAAAUAUUUCUCCUGGAAUUCUAACGAUUUUUUUUUUUUAAUUUCUUCGAGAACCUUUUUAGUUAUUCAAAGGUUAGUUUAUUAAAAGAAUUCGAGAAUGCUUCAAACAAAAGUCUAUUACACUAAGGUCUUUUUUUACACGGGUAGUUUUUCUGCUUUAACUCGGUCAAUUUUGAGCCAAUUCACAUGAAAAUUUGUACACAGGUAGACACGGUUAGAAAAUCAGAUAGGUAGGUUCAAAAUUGACCGAGUUAAAGCAGAAAAACUACCCGUGUAAAAAAAGACCUUAGUGUAUAGGAGUGCCUUUGAGAAUUUCUCCAUGGAUUUUCCAAAAGAAAAAAUCUUCGUGGUUUUAUUCAAAAUUUAUUUUGAAAAUUGUGGCCGGCAAUUUCAAGGUAAUACAGAAAUCUCUCUGAUGAUUUGCCCGAAAAUUUCCUAGAAAUUUCUUUCAGGCCUUCCUCGAAAAAGUCUUUCAGGAAAAUCUUACAAGGACUCUUUAAAAAGUUUCUUCCGAGGGAUCUUCCAAAAAGAUUCUCAUAAAAAUUCUCCUAAAAUUUCUUUCAAAAUUUGCUGCGGUGGUGCUUUCAAGGAUUUCUUCCUGCGAAGAACUUUGGAAGUUACAGCGAGGAUAUAUUCAAAAUGUUGUAAGAAUUCCCCCAGAAAUUUGUCCCAAAAAUCCACCAUGAUUUUUUUUGAGAAAUUUACAACAAAAUUCGUUGAGGAAUUUUUCAAAAGUUUUGACGUAAGUUCUUAAUAAAUUUUCUGCUUCUGAAAUGCUUCGAGGAUUCCUCAAACAAAAUCUCCAGAAAUUACUACGAUAUUUUUACCCUUAUUGUUCUGAAUAGCGCUUCAGAAAUUUCUAAAAUAUUUUUUAUAGAAGUUCCUUCGAGCACUUUUCCAUAUUUUCCAUAAAUAAUUUCAAGGAUACUUCUAAAAACUUCUCCAAAAAGUCCUCUGCGGAGGUCUUUUGCGAUACUUCCGAAGAUUGCCGUCUUGAACUCCUCCGAAGUUUCUUCUAAAAAUUUAUCCAAGGAUAUUUCCGAAAAUCUUUCGAGAACUUUCAAUAAAAAUUUUUAUUUUUAUUUUUCGUGUAAUAUAGGAAACCCCUUUUAAAUUAAGUGAACGUGAAGGAAUCGAAGAAUACUAAGGGCAACGCUUGAAGAAAAUCUCAGAAGUAUUCCUUGGGAUCGCCAGAAAGCCCUUCACGGCAAAAACAGAAAAACGAUUUUAGAAACAAAAACAGCAAAAUCUUGAAGAAAAAAUGUGAGAAUAAAAACUCUUGAAAAAAUCUCUAACGAAUUGCUAAGAGUCAUAUGCCAAGUGGUUUACGGAGAAACUCUGGUCAAUUUAUUAAAUUUUUUAGUAAUGUCUAAAAAAUCAAUCCUUGAAAAUACUGAAAAAAUGUUAUAAAUUUCUGAAUUUCUUAAAAAAAUGUUUUAACUAUUGUUUUUUUACAAUUCAAAGAUUUCUCCUGUAAAAUCCAUGAAUUUCUUAAGAAAGUUCUGAUAGGAGUAAUCCAAUAGUCGCUCUAUAAAUUCGACACUUCUCUCAAGAAUUUCUCCAUAUUUCUUUGAAAAUUCUUUUCAGGAUUGUAGGAUUCCUUCUGGAACUCUACACAGAAAAUUGUCAGAGGAUAUUUCACCAUGAUUUUCUUUAGAAAAAAAUCUCCAAUCCAUCAGUUUGUUUAGAAAUUGCAGCAAGAAUUUCCAAAUAAUUUGUUCACGAAUUUCCACAAAGCUUCCUUCAGACCUUCCUCCAAGAAUUUCAAUGAUUCUGAAAAGGGUCCUUCAGAAAUAUAAUUGAGAACUCUUAGGAUAGAAACUCCCUGAAAGAUCAACAAAUAUUAAUCCAAGAAUUUCUGCGUAACGUCACCUAGGAUUCCUCCAAAGAUUUCCUCAGGAACACCUUCGUACUUUCUGUUUUCUUUUUCCUGGCACUCUCCUUAUCAAAUAUUUCAUCAGAAGUUCAUACAAGGAUUCCUCCAGAAAUUCCUGCUACAAUUCCUUUCAAAGUUUCUGCGAAGAUUUCUCCAAAUGAUGCCUCUAGAAAUUACUCCAAGGUGUCUUCUAAGUCUUGUUCCGGAUAUUUCUAAAGGAAUCUCUGGAAAAAAAACGCUGGAAGAAUUUACGAAACAACUUUGGAAGAAUGUCUGAUGAAAUCACUAAAAUAUUGUCUAAAGAAAUCCAUGGCGGAAAUGGAAAUCGCCGGAGCAAUUUCUGAAUUUUGAAAACAUUUUAUGAGAAAACAUGAGUAAUUUUCUGAGAAAAAUUUGUGGAAGAUUUUUUUACAGAAUCGCUAGAGGAGUAUAAAAAAGCACGAAUUUAUUCGAAAAGGUAUUCAUGAAAGGUUUUUAAGGGGAUCCAUGGAGAAAUUUCUGGAAUAUUAAUAAUUUUCUGAAGUAAUCCAUGGAAGAUUUUCGAAAACAAUCAGCGGAGAUAUUUCUGGAAGUUUUCAUAGAGUAAUUUCCAAGUUGACCUCCUUGGAAAAUUUGAGGUAAAACUGCCACACAAAACAAAAGUGCAGCUUGCUAUUUGAAAUGAGGAACAUUUUGUUACGUUACCUGUAAAAUGUGCUAUAAUAUGGAACGAGCUCACCAAUGAACAUACUCGCAUCCCCUGAGAACAAAUUAGAGAGGCACUGAGUGACAUAUAACAUUGCCCGGCAUUGUCGACCUCCGACAUCUAUUCGAUUCAAACGCGCCUACGGAAAUCCGAAUUUAAAGGAUGUUUACAGAAGGUGCAAAAACAGUUGAAAAAUCUCAUUAUUUCUAACAAGUAACUUUGUAAUCAAACAUUGAUCAAAUCGUUUCACAACCAAGCUCAACUCAAAACACUACUGCCAAUCAACAACAACAAGUCACAACUACACAGAAAAUCAAAAAGCACGGCAAACUAAAACACAGAGAUGUAAACACAUUGACGGUGCACUCUAGGUGCCUAAUAUUUCUCAAACAAGAGCAGAAUAGUUGAAAAACAAGACAUUCCGAAGCGCAGCCCCUACUGCGCGGAAACCGAUCAGAGGAAAAAAAAACUCAAAACUAAGAUCACGUUGUUUGGAGGAAAAAUGCUGUGAUAAAAAAAAGUAUUUUCGUAUAUGUUACCUAAAAUAAGACGAAAAAGAAGGAAAACACAUUGUUAUUCACUAGCAAAUUAGGAGGAUAAGAAACUUUAUAUAACCAGUUACUAGGAAUAAAUUAGAAUAAGCUAAACAGAAGGAAAAUAAAGUAAAAAUCUGCAACAUGUCAGAAAAGCGUAAACAGAGUAAACUCGUAAACAAAGUAGUAGCAACAAAAGGACGGUCGCUCAACUACAUAAACAAAACAAAAACUAGCUAAAAUUAAACAGAGAAAAAGUUAAAACAAACAAAACGAAAUAAAAACAGUGAAGAACUUAAAUCAAAUGUAAAUAAAUCAAAAAAGGAAAACUUCAGAAAACUGAUCGAACCGUUAUUUUUAUACACACAUACAUUAUAUACAGUACCCAUAGUUUUACGGAAGAAUUCUCCUUCCUGUAGUUAUACAUAUAAGAUGAGAAAGAAGAAAAUUCUAGCGUUUACACUGAUUCAUACCGAUUACUAGGGACAUUUUAGCGAUAUACGGCGAUAGCGGUAAUCAAACCAGUUGACUCUUGAGUAGGUACAUAAAAUAAAAUCGACAGCAACUGAAGUGACACACAAGCCCCCAGGAACGCGGAGCCGCAACGAUUACGGUGACCCUUCGAGCGACAAGACACGUAAUCUGCGCGCGCGCGCGCCACUUUUUACUCCGGCACAUGCGUACGGUAGCUUCAGCUGUAGAUUAGGGUAGUUUGCGCAGGAAGAAA